AUGUUUGUAUUGCAGCAUGAUCCGGCAAUAGUAGCUCAGACGUCGUCAUCAUCAUCUAUGAUUGCGGGUGCUGGAGACGAUAUGGUUGCAUCACAAAUGCAAACUUCGACGACGAGUCGUAUGACAACGUCACAAUCAUCAAGCGGUCUCAAAUAUCGUUUAUUCAACGCUCUUGGUUUGCAGCAACAACAGCAACAACCGCAACAACAGCAACAGCAACCACAGCCAACAUCGCAAUAA